AUGUUGCAGCGAUCCGGUCUGCCGCGAGAAUUCGAUCUCGUGUUGCUUGUGCACAAACCGGACGGCGUCAAGAAUGUCUACUUGAGCGUCAAUGUCGAUGCCGAGAUUGAGUCCUGGUUCGGCUCGUAUCCGCAAUGGUACACAAAUCUGCCCAAGUACAUGCCAACGCAAGACUUUACUCUCGACUUCAAUGCCAACAUCGGUCAACGCUUCUUGCCCGAACAGGCAGGAAGAGGGUUCAACUUCGCGAGCUUGCCUCGAUCGUUAGAUGAGCACUCUGUAUCCGACGAACGAUACAAGAGCGAACCAAGACAUGACUGGAGGCUGGAGACACAGAAGAGGAAGAACGAGGGAUGA